AUGUCGUCUGUCAAUGGAUCUAUAAUAAUCAGCCGUAUAGCUAAUUUAUCUAUCUAUCUAUCUAUCUAUCUAUCUAUCUAUCUAUCUAUCUAUCUAUCUAUCUAUCUAUUUCAGUCUGUUCAUAUCUAUCUAUCUAUCUACCUAUCUAUAUCUGUUUAUAUGUCUAUCUCUCUUUUUUCUCGAUAUCUAUCUAUCUAUCUAUCUAUCUAUCUAUCUAUCUAUGUCUAUCUAUCUAUAUUUGUUCAUAUCUCUAUCUAUCUCUUAUUUCUCCAUAUCUAUCUAUCUAUCUAUCUAUCUAUCUAUCUAUCUCUCUCUCUCUCUCUAUAUAUAUAUAUAUAUAUAUAUAUAUAUAAUCUCUUCAUAUCUAUCUAUCUAUCUAUCUCAAUCUGUACAUCUCUCUCUCUCUCUCUCUCUCUCUCUAUCUAUCUAUCUAUCUAUCUAUCUAUCUCCUCGCUAUCAGCAUGUCUAUUGUAUCAAAUAACUCCUGUAUAUUUGAAUUUCUUUCUUUCUUUCGCUGUUGCUAAACCCAAGCUUACCAUUCUCCCUGUUACUACCAGGAAAAUGACCGCUCUAUCAUAUGCCGAUCUCUCUCUCUCUCUCUCUCUCUCUCUCUCUCUCUCUCUCUCUCUCUAG